AUGAAGCUGCUCGCUGCCUUGCUCGUCGUCACCGUCGGCCUCUGUGGUUACUCGGCCGCCGCCUUCUUCCUCAACAGCGUGCCGCUGCCGGUGGACCAGGUGUUGCCUCUGCCUCUGGACAGCCUCCUUCCCUUCCAGGACCCGUUAAAGCUUCUCCUGAAGACUCUGGGCAUUUCCGUCGAGCACCUUGUGAGCGGACUGAAGAAGUGCGUGGACGAGCUGGGCCCAGAGGCUUCGGAAGCGGUGAAGAAACUCCUGGAGGCCCUGUCACACCUGGUGUGA